AUGCAACUGUCUAAAAAGAUUGUAUUGGCAUUUGCAGCUUUCGGAGCUGCAAUUGUAAAUGCUCAGCAAGAAGCGACUGCUCCAGAGGGAUCAGCCGUUGUCAAACUCACAUCUGACACUUUUAACGAGUUUGUGAAGGAACACCCAUUGGUUUUGGCCGAAUUCUAUGCACCAUGGUGUGGACACUGUAAAACUUUGGCCCCACACUACGUGGAGGCAGCAGCAGUUCUAGAAAGCAAAGGUAUUGCACUUGCACAGGUAGAUUGCACAGAGGAAACCGAACUGUGUAUGGAACAAGGAAUCAAGGGUUACCCAACGCUCAAGGUGUUUAAGAACCACCAGAUCGAGUCACCAAGUGAAUACCAGGGAGGAAGAACCGCGCAGUCCAUCAUUUCAUACAUGACAGCCCAAUCUAUGCCAGCAGUUUCCGUGAUUGCCGGCGAGGACGCUGAGGAUGACUUUAAAGACAUCUUGGCUGAAUCCCCAUCGGCUGUUAUCGUCGAUGGCGGUGUUUCUGGCCUCAACGAUACUUUCCGCGAAUUGGCAGAGCUUUUCAGAGAUGACUUUAUUUUCGUUCAGUACAACCAAACUGGUGCCGAACCUCAAUUAUCGAUUUACUUGCCUAAGGAAGCAGAACCAAUCAAAUUUGAGGGAAAGAACAACUCGCUUACUCACCUGGUCGACUGGGUUCAAAUCGAAUCUAAGCCAUAUUUCGGUGAGAUCAACGGUGAGACUUUUCAGUCAUACAUGAGUGCUAAGGUUCCUCUUGCUUAUUAUUUCUACAACAAUGCUGAGGAACGUGCCUCUCAUGAAGACUUUUUUUCUAAGUUGGGCAAGGAGCACAGAGGUGCGGUCAACUUUGUCGGUUUGGACGCUUCUUUGUACGGUAAACAUGCCGAAAACCUCAACGUAAAGCAGCAAUUCCCUCUUUUUGUGAUCCACGAUACCGAAAAGAACCUCAAGUAUGGUCUACCACAGCUAAGUGACGAAAAAUUCGCAGCUUUGACCAAGCCAUUGGAAUUGAAGACUAGCGAUAUUACUAAGUUCGUCAAAAGUUUCCUAAACGGUAAGUUGGAGCCUAUCAUCAAGUCCGAAGAAAUCCCAGAAGUUCAAGAGACCAGCGUUUUCAGAAUUGUCGGUAAGACCCACGACAACAUUGUCAACGACGAGAAAAAAGAUGUUCUGGUCAAGUACUACGCUCCAUGGUGCGGUCACUGCAAGAGAUUGGCUCCUAUCUACGAGGAGUUGGCUGAUGUUUACGCUUCUGAAGAAUCUGCUAAGAGCAAAGUUGUUGUUGCCAACGUAGAUGCUACUUUGAACGACGUCAACGUCGAUCUAGAAGGUUACCCAACGUUGAUUCUUUACCCAGCAGGCAAGGAAUCAUCUCCAGUAGUCUACUCUGGUGCUAGAGAUUUGGAAUCUCUCAUGUCCUUCAUAUCGGAAAACGGUCACCACAAGGUGGACGGUUCUGCCAUCUUGGAGCAAAAACUCGCGAUGGAAGCCGCCAAAGAAGUUGACGAGGAGGCCGAAGCUAUUGCAGAAGAAAGUGUAGACCACGAUGAAUUGUAA